UCUCAAAUGAUUAGUUUUUGGUGUAAACUAUGAGCUGUUAUUUGUAUCAAUCGCCAAAUAUUUCGUCUCGACGUGCCGCUGUAAACAUCUUUAAGAAAUUAUAAGAAAACUGUUAUGAACAUACGUUUAAGAUGAAGUAAAGAAAGCGCUUGUCCAUUGGUUACUUCUGUUGUGACUGAUCAGGAUUGAGUCAAUUAAUUUUGGAUAAACUGUUCAACUUGUUUGAAUUGACUCGACGUGCUUACGGUAAAUGCACUUUGGACACCUUUAGCCUUUACCAAAUACGGUGAAAUUGAAGUAAGUAAAACUUAUAGUAACUUUCGCGGUCAUUUCUACUGUAAAUCUGGAUUCAAUUGAGUGGUUAUUGAAUAUUGUAUAAACUCUUUGGCCGGCUUUGUUUAUUUGAUUUGGUGAAUAAUUCGUCUCGACGGCCUGCAGUUCAUUGAAAUCUUUAACCAUUUAUAAGGGAUACCUUCACCAGUUAUAUUGGAAUUAAAAUCACUAGAAGAAGUACUUGGCAAGUAAGUACUACCAUUAAAAUUCUAGUCUGCGAUUACUGUUCAAUUUAUGUGCAUAAAGUAGUGUGCAAAUUAAUUUGUUUGGUAGCCAAAUAUUCGUCUCGGUGUGCUUAUAUGAAUAUCUACUGUAUAUGAAAAUACGCCGAGUGUGAAACAGAGGAACUGGUUGCAAGUUAUAACUUCUAUAGUAAAUCUGAAUACGGCUGAUUAACUUCUUCAUAAACCGUGAAAUUUGUUUCAAUUGUAAUAUAUUUUGUCUCGACAAACUUUUCAACAAGGAACCCCUGCCGAAGAAUUGUAGGAAUCCAUCGUUAUACUCAAACACAGUUAUUGUGAACAAAUAAGAACUCGGUUUAAUAAGUGGAUAUUCCGAUGACGAUAUUACUAUUCAGAUGCUUUUCUUUGCAGUGAUAAAACCGCCUAAACCUGUCAAUAUUAUCAACAAAGAUCUUUAAGGAAGUAAAAGUGUUUCGGAUCAAGUGAUAGUUUACGGAAGCUACAGCUGCUUGAUAAAUUAUGACAUCUGCAACUGAAGACGAAUUAUUAGAUGCUCUAAUUUGGAGUGACGAUUCCUACUCUUUGACCGAAUUCAUAACCGAAUUCCCGUUACCACAAGUCGUGAGAGUUGUGCGAGGACACGACGGCGGUACAGAUAGCUCAACAUUAGGCUAUGGAGAGGUGCUAACUAUACAUGCAGUGCGGGAAACACGAGUCCUUUCUGCAGAAGACAGAAAUGGUAACGCGAUUUCGGUCGGAUUAGACUUUCCUGAUGAAGUUCAAAUACUUCCUCAAACAAAAGACUGUCGUCUCAAUUCAUGCGAAGUUACUGAUUUCGCAUCGUUCUACCAGACUGUCAAGUACGUGGAAGUCAUUCAAGCACAUUACGGAACAGGAGACAAUGUUGAUUCAACUUCUGUUGGUGAAAUACUAGAAAUAGUGGAUAUUAGUAAGCCGCACAAACCUGGGAAGACCAAAGUACAAGUGCGUAAUUCGGAAAAUAAUCAGAAAUCUACCCUAACAUCCACAUGCAGUGCAAGGUUUAGGCCUCUUCUUGAUUGGAAGAAGUACAAGGCGCCCGAGUUGAAGACUCACCAGUUUGGAUUUCCGGUACGAGUUCGAUUCAUGGAUACCGAGGUUGGCAAAGAUACGGAUUAUCAAAGGUAAGAUACAUACGCGUAUUAAGUGAUAUAUAGAUAUGGUUUCACUAAUAACUAUGUUCAUUAAUGAUGUUUGUGGUGUUACUCUGAGUGUGCAUCCACACCGGGCGAGCUGAACAGUUUGCCUGACCACGGUGGGAAUCGAACCCACAACCUUUGGGAUACUAGUCCAAUGGUCUACCAACUGAGCUACGAGGUCAAGUCGGUUCGAGUUGGUGAUAUUUAUAGUUCCUUCGAUAUGUACACCAACACACAGAGAAAGUAUCAUAUGUUCAUAAAUGUUUGUAUUAUACAGCUAUUUCAAUUAUGCCUGGUUUCCAUGCAUAUGGUCGUAACGGUCGUAAAGAUUGCCGUCAUGAUCUUUCUCGUCAGCCGAAAUACAACAUUUUAGAACUGAAAAUACGUGGAGUGAUUACUAGAGAAUACUUAAUAUGAUUUAUAUGUGGUUUAUAUACAUGUAUAAACUAUUAUAAACUGGCCGUUCAGAAAGAUCGUGACUGAUGACUCUAUUUUUACGACCAAAUGGAAACCAGGCUUUAAGCUUGUCAGCGACAAUAGUCAAAUGUACAAUAUGUUUAACACAUCAGCAUAGCCUUGCGGGAUUACAAAUGUAGUAAUUAGUGUCACAUUUGCAUCCCCCCUUUACACGAGCCUGAGCUGAUUUUCAACCCGGGUCAGUACGCUACUUUACAUGAACCCGGGUUGACGACAAUUUUUGCCAACCCAGGCAGCAAUUCUCAACCCGGGCUGGCUCGGGUAUAAUAUUCCGAGCAACAGACUGGAGCAGAGUGUAUUUUUGGAGCUCAUAUCCCUUAUACGAUAAAAUCCAUUUUAGUUUUGGAUACUUAUAUAUUUUAUACGAUUAUAUCCCUUUUUAGCGGGGAUUUAGCCGUAGCAACUUCUGCAUUAAAGGCGUUUUCUUCCUUUUUGAUAGCGAGGCUAUCUUGCACUGGCAGAUCUACUGGAUCAAAAUAUUCGGCAUCGAACGCCAACGCCAUAUAUACCUUCGCGCAACUUUGAAUACAUUGCGACAACAUUGGAGUUGAAAUCUACAUUUUUAUAAUCCAUCUUCGUCUUAUAAUCCUUCAGAGAAACGAUUAGGUGAUCAAUCAUUUCAGAUGACUACUGAAACGCAGGUUGAGCAUUUUUUUUCUUUUGGUAUUGGACUGUUUUUACUUGACAUACUGUAUGAUUUUAUAUGUCUGUACCAAACAAAGAGACGGAGAAAAUACGCGCGCAAAAUGUUGAAAUCUGAUAUGACGCUAGGUGCAAAGUUCACAAUCAUGAAUUUACCGCACGAAGUUCACAAUCAUGAAUUUACACCCAACCCGGCUUUACAUGAAGAAAUGAGUAAACUUUUCACGCCUUCACACCUCGCCAAUUCAGGUCGACCCGGGUCUCGAGAAAGGUUGGCCGGGGUUGGCGAGGUGUGAAAGGUUGAUCCGGCUAUCGUGUAAACGCUGAUAGAGAUUUAUUCGUAGAAGGGUUGACCCGGGCUUUUGAGCCAACCCGGGUUGGUAGUCAACUUGGGCUAGGCGUGUAAAGGGGGGCUAAAUACUAUAUUUAGCAGAAUAUACGCUCAAGUGGUGUACUUAAACACUUAAGCAUAUUGAUGCGUAACUGAACCUUAAAAGAACUAACUUUGCUUGUGUUGGAUAGCGUUAUCGGUUGUAACGAUGAUUAAUUAAGGAUUGCAACACUCUUGGAGUGCAUUAUCGAGAUUUACAAGCACGAGUUCACGAACAAGAAACAAGAAAUUUAACACUGCACGAGGCGCAGCCGAGUGCAGUGUUAAAUUUCGAGUUUCUUGUUCGUGAACGAGUGCUUGUAAAUUUCGAUAAUGCACGAACAAAGAGUGCUUUAAACGUUUUAAUAUUCAGUUUGAGUAAACUAUAAAAUAACAAGCAUUUCAUAUUGUCACCUUUAACCGUGUAAACUACACAAAAAACAACAAAAACUCACCUUUAAAUAGCGAAACACCCCAUGCCGUUGCUCUUUUUGUGUUUGUUGGCGUUGCCUCCGAAAUUAUCGCUUCUAUUUCCUCAGAGGACAAUUCCAAAAACUUUUCACACUCAGCAGUCAUCUUGCAGUGCGAUAAAAAGUUCAUGCACGGCUAUAAUGCACGGCCGUGCAUUGUUGUUAUGUAAAAGUAAGUCACGUGGUACAAAUCCACCAAUCAGAACACUAGUUUACCAAAACUGAAUAAUAAUAAUUAUUAGCUGUACGUGACCGGUGCUUGAACUGGUACAAACUUAAUUAAGACUCAAGCUGUACUUAGUUUUAAGAUAAAUUACAUAAAGGACACUUAAUCUCUGGUACGCAAGUUCUCGAAUUAUCACACCACGCCUAAAGUGUUCUUCCUAGGGAUCCCGUCAACCUCGCAAGGGCCCUUGCUUGCGAGGUUGGGAUCCCGUAAGGAUCAUAUAUUCUUACUGGUCAGUGUUAUUGCGGUAAAAAAGGGAGUGCUGUUCUCUUGCACCUACUUGCACCUACCUGCACGAUUUUACAGCAUGAUUUCCGAUGGUCGUGAAGUGGUUCUGUACCGGUAAUUUUGCUGAUGCGAAUGUGAUUUGGGAAAUCAAUGGGUCGUCUGACCAUGGCAUAUUUCAACAUAUAUUCUGGUGGGCUAUUUGGCCCCGCAAGCCCCACUACACACGUAAAAACGCACAAGUUGUACCAAACCUGCAGCAGACUUGUAGCAAUGCUGUUCCAACAACUUGUCAACAGGAUGUGUUCGCACUGCUUGUUCCCAGCUUGUUGACAAGUUGUCAACGGCUUGUUGACAACUUGCUACAAGGUUGUUGAGUUCAACAGACUUGUUACAAGUUGUUCCAACAACUUGUUAUCGUCCUGCAAUUCAACAACUUGUCAACAAGUUGUGAGUGACAAGCUUGUAGCAACUUGAUAAAUAACAGCGUUGUUACAACUUGUUGGCAAGGUUGCUACAAGCCUGUUGCGAACACAUCUUGUUGACAAGUUGUGAGAUUUUUACGUGUGUAGUUAGUCGCUUAGACUGGUCCUUACCUUACGUGACCAAAAUUUAAAGCCUCGUACAGACGAGCUAGUUUUCCUUGACAAGUUUUGUUGCUCGUGUGAACGGAAUGUUGUUAAACAUUUGUCUCCAUAGAAGUAUUUCUUGUAUACUUGUAAACUUUUCCUUGGUGGCCGUCGACACGAACAAAUUUUCCUUGUCCAAAAUCUGGAACGACUAGCUUUGGAACAAGGUUCCUUGGCAAGGAAAUAUUCCCCGUCUGUACGGGGCUAAACUCUGGGGGGAACCCACACUGGGCUCUAAUCUUGGUUUUGCCCCCCCCCCCCCCACACUGUAAAAUAAGCACUGCGAGUGAAUAAGAUUUAGACAAUAUCCUUGGACUAAUCACCUCUGCUUCUGAAAAAUAGUCAAUUAUAUAGUGGUGGGGGAUGGGGGGGGGGAGGCAUUUUCUUGAAACACCCUAAAUACAUGUAAAUCUAACAAGAUGCAUAAUUUUUACAGGUUGAUAUCUAAGAGCCCUGAUAUCAAUAUUAUAAAUGAAAUAGUUGAUAUUAUCGUGAUCACCACCACUGUAAGCAGCGAUCCUGUCCUCAAAUUCUGUUUUGAAAUACCAAAAGAUCUAGAAAUAAAAGUUGCCGUGGCUGAAGGCUUCUCAAAUGGUGCUAAACAUUACACCGACAUAGUAACCAGUCUCAAUGAACGCUUUGAUGUGACAAAAUUCAUGAGUAGCCAUCAACCAGCACCGAUCAAACGCCGUGAUGUAGUCAAACAAUAUGAUUACGAUACAAUCAAGGAGUAUAUCAUCGAUAAUGCGAUAUUAUCUCCAAAGUCCGAUGAAGUUGAACCAGACAUCGAUGCCCCACCGCUGCCUCCAAGAACACCAAAAGCAGUAAAGAAAAGUCAAAGUUUUGAUAUACCGCCAACCCCCCCUCUCAAAGUGCCCGAUAAAAAUGUCGCAGAAAGAAAGAAUUCGGCACCAACUGUUGAAACAACCCCUCUGAUCAAACCGAAACCUGCAGUUCCCUCUCGACCAAGGUCUAUCUCGCAAAGAGAAGGUGUAGGUGUAGAAUGGAUACCAUCGGGUAAUAAUUAUACCCAUGCCUUGUCCACAAGUGUACUUCAAAGUACUAACGAGAACCCUUGUGAUCCAUCGCCACCUGAAGUGAAGGUCAAGCCACCCAUAAAUAUCCCAACACCAUCCCCAAAUGUCCCACAAAGUACCAACAAUCACCCCAAUGAUCCAUCGCAAGCUGAAAGAAAGGUUAGCAAGCCACCAUUAAAGAUACCCCGAAAUAUCCCCGUGCCGUCCACAAAUGUACCACAGACAACCAGCAAUCACCCUAAUGAUCUACUACAGGCUGAACUGAAAGACAUUGUGGCGAGGAAACGACCAAUGAAGGUGCCUGUACCACCGCCCCGCCCUCGGCUACAGGAUAAGACAUCCAAACAUCCCCAGGCCAACAAUGUGAAUGAAGUCUCCGAAGAAACCAAUCUAAGUAACAAAGAGAAGGAAAUUUCGGAAUCUGAGAUUAUCCAGACGGCAGAAGAAGUACCAGGUGUGACAGAUUGUACCCCAGUCACACAAACAACCAUCAAUCACCCUGCAUCGGCCAUUUUGCAAUUACCGCCCCGCCCUCCGGCACGGGAUAAGACAUCCAAACAUCCCCAAGCCAACAAUGUGAAUGAAAUCUCGACGGAAACCAAUCCAAUUUUCAAACAGAAGGAAUCAUCCCAACCUACGAAUAUCCAGUCAGCAGCAAAAGUACCUGGCGGGACAGACGGCACCACAGUCACACAAACAACCAUCGAUCACCCUGCAUCUCCCAUCUCCCAAAUGGAUGAAAACGAGAAUGCACAAAGACCACCACGAGUCGUGUCCCCGAAAUUACCACCUCGUGAUCGGCGACCAAAACUGAAAGAUUCUGCCAGCAAUUUUCAAGGUGGGUAGCUUAUAAACAUUGAGCUCCAUAUAUAUCUGGAGUGAGAACUCGAGUCCAAAAAGUGAAGCCAGCUUCGUGUUAACCGCGCAGACAAAAGCAAUAGAAAGGGACUGGAACUGACGUGCAAUAGCUCUCAAUUUUCGCCAUCUUGGCAAGGAGUGUGCCGAAAUUUCGUAUUUUGACUUCGAUUUAAGGUGGCUCCCUACAGUUCUCUAAAAUUCUAGGUAUUUUGAAUAACGUUCGCUUUGAACCGAAUUUAUAUUAGAUACACUUAAGACAAGGCAAUAUGAUCAUUUCCAGGAAAGUUCAGAAGCUGUGUGCUGUCCAUUUAUGAACAAAUUAAAACAGUGUUCGUGUUGCCAUGGCAACCAUGAUGUUUAAUCUUUUGCACUUUUAUUGUCUAAUUUCACAAUAAAUUGACAAUAUCUAUAUUUUCCUUCGGUGAAUUUUUCUGAAUUUUUUUUUGAAGAUUUAUGGCCCAUAAAGGAAAAACAUAUCAAAAUUUGAAAGGAAUUUACAAAUAAGUUUUCGAGAUAUUCGUGAAUGACGGUUACAGAAAAAGUUAUUUGUAGAAUUUCUUAAAAUUUGGAUAUGUUGUACCACUCGUCUUGUAUAACAAAAAGACAAAGUUUAAAAAAAUUUCACCGAAGAAAACACGAGAAAAUCAUCGCUAAAUUCGGCGUGGCCAGCAUGAAAAAAAAUCGACUCGACAUGAGCACGAUCUGCGCAUGCGUGUAAAUUGUAGCGUGUGAUUUAUAGUGAUUUCAACUUUUUGGCUUACAAUACAUACGAAAACAGAUAUUUCUGACUUGUUUGCCAUGAAAAUAAAAUAUUAAUCUUGAAAAUACUAAUAAAAAAACACUAUUAUACGCAUUGUAUUAAAUCCAGUGUUAGUUUACAUUUGUUUUUGUUGUUAAAAUCGGUGUGAAAACUUUUCAAAACAUCGAACUACAAGUUUAACUUUUCAUAUAAAACAACUCAUAACUGUUUUAUUUGAUUUAGCAGAUAAAACGAUACCUGUGAAUUGAAUUGAUUGACAGAACUUACAUAAGUUUCGGCGACAGUUCACUACUGUUCAAGAGUAUUGAAGACAGUAUCAUUUCAGUUUGACAGUUCGCAACACAACAAGUUGAAAAUUUUGAGCAAUAUGAAAGACAAUACUGAACGUAAAUACGUAAAAACACACUAAAAGAUUGGCUAAACUAGUUAAUAACAUACGUACUGUUCGAAUUCACAAAAAAAUUAGGAUUAUAAUGAAAAACUGGAGCUUUCUUUGUUGAUAAAAACGCCAAAAAACUUCCCGCGGCUUCAGUGCUUCCAUUUUCAAAAUAAAAAUUUCCCAUUUUUGACAUCAGAAUUUCUCUAAAUUCCUUAGAUUGUAUACAUAAUUUCCUUGAAAUUCCCUUGAAAUUUCAUUAAGCAGUUUGCAGUAAUUUUGUACCAAUACAAAGGAUAUAGUUAAUUUUAAAGGCACAAAAUAGCACAAUUAUACUGUUUAAAAUUAACACGAACAUACAGGGACGCCGGAAAGUCGAUAAUUGGGGGAGGGGGCAGAUAUUCAUAUAUUCGUGUUCACAGACUGUAAAAACAAUCGCUUUCAAAGGAAAUAAAUGAUGCCGAACAUGAGUAUAUGAAUAUCUGCCCCCCCCCCCGAAAUUAUCGACUUUCCGGCGUCCCUACGUACAUAUACGAUUCCAAUUCCACUGAUUUAAUUAAGUAUUCGCAGUGUUUGGCGCCAAAAGGUACUAAAUCCCAUCGCUCAAAAACUUUCAGAAGUUUUCGGAAACACGAAGAAAAACUUAUAAACAGAUUUUUAAUUAACAUAAUUGAUAAAUAAUGAUAAUUCACUCAAAAAUGUAAAAAAUAGUGAAACCUUCUUCUGCACCAAUGCACUGAAAUGAAUAUUUAAGUUUUUCGGAAAAAAUCCUUAGAUUUCCUUAGAUUUUUUCUCUUCCUUAGAUUUUCCUUUUGGACCAUAGAAUUUCCUUAGAAAAGGAAAUUUCCUUGAAAAUGGAAGCACUGCGCGGCUUGUUUCAAUAUUAUUUUUGCCGAACAGUAAACACGACGAUUCCACGCGCAGGUCGCGAGGAUGAAGUCUGAUCUAUAUAAAUCGUAUUUAAACUGUACUAACUGUAGGGAGCCACCUUAAGAACUAAUAUUAUGAUUUUAUAAACUGAAAACGUGUUUAGUGAUACGGUCCGUUAGAAAAAAACUGCAUUUAGAUGGAAAAAUGGUAUAUACGACCUUCAGAGCUAUUGGACGUCAAUGGCCGCCAUCUUGGCUUCACUUUCUUUUCUCAUAGGCCGAAUGACUGAAGUUCUUGCUCCAGAUAUAUAUAGAGCUCACUGCUUAUAUAUUAUAUAACUUGCUAGAUAUGAUUUAGUGUGAUUAUUUAUACCUCAGCCAGGAGAUUGUGUUUUCUGUGUUUUCAUCCGCGUAUGUCUUCUUUGAGCACGACAAACUUAAAAAAAUCAACCGUAUAGAGCGUUUGCACAUGACAUCACAGCCGCCAUGUUGGUGUUCCAAUUCAAAAGAAUUUUAGUUAGACUCUUUUGUCUGGAAUACCAACAUGGCUGUCUUGGCUUUUGUUGAGUUGGUCCCUGGGGAAUGAGUGCAAACGCUCUAUUAAUACGAAAAUUUGCUGGACUAAUAGCCCUUGGCCAAGGACAAAUUGAUUAAGUAGACCUUAUGCAUAAUGACGUCACAAGGCUUGAUGCCCGCGAGGAAUGCUCCUCUUAGUAGUCAUCGCCCGGGAAAAUUUCGAUAGUGGCCAUUUUGAAUUGUUUAAUUUUCCCGGGCGAUGACCACUAAGACCAACAUUCCUCGCAGGCAUGAAGCCUUGUAACGUCAUUAUGCAUAAGGUUGGUUAGCGACGUUAACUUUAGAUGAAAAUUGGAUGAGAAAUUAACAAACGUUUGUCUUGCGGGCAGAGUAAGCCUGAUGCGGAAUUAACCCAUUGUAUUGUUUAUUUGCAUGAUACUUAAUUCGCUGGCGGAGGCAUGCAGUCUCCCAGUGCCCUGUAUUUUUUAUAUUUGUUUAAUAUUGUUGGCAUACAUAAUUGUAGUGAGUAGAAUAGAAGUUUCAUAUUCAUUGGAUUAUACAUAUUUAAAGACCUAACUGUGUGAGUAUUUUCGUAAAAUGCAACUAUACAUGCAGGAGGGUGUCCUGAAAAAUGCAUUAGCUAUGUUUCAGAUUUUUACAAAGCUAAUUAUUGGUGGGCAUCAAAAGGUUAAUGUAGGGGAUGAGUGGCAUUUAGAGUAUUAACUUUGAAUAUUAUAAUUAUAAAAUUAUACAAUUAUAAAAUUAUAAAAUUUGUCUAGGAUCGAGAACAAAUGUUAUGGCUGUUUUAAAAUAAAGUCUGGUUCACCCAACGGACCAUUUGAAAUCAUGCAUCAGUUGUCUAAAGUAUCGAUAUGUCUAACCUCUUAUUUGAAACAGCCAUAGCAUUGGUUCUACUAGACAAUUUUUAUAAUCUUAGUGUCAAAAUUUAUCACUUAGACCAAAUUUUUGAUGCCCGCUAAUAUUUAGCUGUGAAAAAAAUCUGGAACAUAGCUAUUGCAUUUUUGGGAGGACACCCUGUAUUUAUGCCUUACGAACCUUCGAUUCCUGUGCAGCACUCAGACCAUUCAGCUACAGAGUCCGGUUGCCAAGCUUAUAUACAGCUAUUUCAAUUAAGGUUGUUCACGAGCAAAGCGGAAAAGUCGAAUACGAGCGCGAAAGACUGCUGGGAAUCGCUAACAAAUUAAUGAAUUUUCAAAGCGAUUCCCAGCAGUUUUUCGCGCUCGUAUUCGACUUUUCCGCUUUGCUCGUGGACAACCUUAAUUGAAAUAGCUGUAUACUAGGGCAGUGUAUGUUAAUUAGGAAUAGAUUAUUCCAAUGAUUUUGGGCACAUCGCUCAAAGCUCGUUGUAAGAUUAGCUUUGCUAAGAACAGACAUGGUUCUGUUAUUUUGAAAAGAGUGUAUUGUUAUAAUUACUAUAAAUAUGAUUUUUUCAAGGUGACAUUAUAGAUGAAAUACCUCGCGCAAGUGGUCAACGUGAGAUUGAAAGUCAGCAAAUGGUAAAAGAUGAGAAAACGGACACACAGCAUGUGCCUAAACUUCCCCCAAAGUCCCCUGGAAGAAAAAGAAGAGAUCUCCGUGAAUCUCACUAUGUUCAACCAGUGGCCCUAAAUAUUCCUGGCUAUCUACCACAAUCGGUUGUUUCCCGUACCCUACCACAUACUCCCCCUCCCAGUCGAAACCCUCCUAUUGACAGGUUUCAACGUCCUGGCACAUUACCAAAGAAUUAUAAAAUCGGAGGGAAUCAACCGUACAGAGAACAAGUUGAGGAAAACGAGGAAAUAUACGAAACGCCUUAUGAUCCCCCCAUAAUGACGGUGGCACCACAGAUGAACCCUAGGAGACCCCAGUCCAUUCUUAACGAAAAUCCGUAUGAAUUGGUUGCUAAGGUCCCGUUAGAUUUGUCCGGUCUCAGCAUCAAUGAGGUCUCGGAUAUAUUAAAGAAUCUUAAUAUGGGCCAGUAUGCGGAAAGAUUCGAGGACGAAAUGGUCGAUGGAGAUUUAUUAAAGGAAUUGAAGGAAUCUGAUUUGGAAUCGUUCCGGAUGGAAUCUAUUCAUCGCACAAAGCUACUGAAAUUCGUUCAAGGAUGGCGUCCUCAGCAUAUUACAAAGAAGCAUGCUUGAUUUAUUAGUAAUUAUAUUCCGUGCUUAUACAGAAAAUGUAGCUGCUAAAACGUAGCAUGGCAAUUAUUAAUUUGGAUAGCCAGAAAUAUAUAAAUAGACUGAUACAGCAUUAUUAUAAGUAAUAGCAUAAAAAGAAGCGAAUUAGCUAUUAAAACGUCCCGCCCGAUGAGAGUCGUUUAGUAUAAUUCCCUUGGGCGCCGCUCGAUGAGGGUCAUUUAGUAAAAUUUUACUAAAUGACCCGAAUCGAGCGGCGCCCAAGGGAAUUUUACUAAACGACCCUCAUCGGGCGGGACGUUUCAAUAGCUAAUUCGCUUCUUUUUAUGCUAUUACCUUAUAAUAUCAUGAUUGCGGGUAUUCCCGUUGUUCUGAUUAUUAAAAACCAAUUAAAAAUAAAUAAUGGUAUAAAUUAAAUGGUAUAAUUGUUUUCCCUGUCUUUGUUUAGUUUUGGCGAUUUCAGAUAUCUUCGUUUAUAUUCAUUUUUUCUAAUCGUACCCGCUUUGACGUCGUUUCGGGUAGGAUUAGAACUAAUUCUACCUGACAUGACGUAAAAGCGGGUAGGAUUAGAAAAUAUGAAUAUAAUGAGGUGUAUUAGUUAUUAAUUGCCCUGCGAGAACAAAGGGAAUACCUGCAAUCAUGAUAUUAUAGUAAAUAAUACACAAUUAAUAUCUGCACCCCUGUUGAAACCGCACGUUUUAGCAGGUUCUUUUAUUGUUAAACCAUUUGUAUCAAAGAGUUUUAUUCAUAUGAAAUAUACAUGUUUUGUGAAUGUUGUUUAUCUUUGCUUCUUCGCUAUAUAACAAAACAUUUAAUGUCUGCUCCCGAGGGAAAUAGUUUGUUUUGUUUUCACUCGAAUUCGUCUCGGGAAAAAUUGAAACUCUCGGAAAACAAAACUGUUUCCCUUCAUUGCCUGUUGUAUAUUUUUCUUUUGUGUUAGAUACUGUAUUCUUUGGCUCCAUUUUCAACAUUUAUGUACGUAGCCGGUCCGAACGAGAAACACUUGUUGCCCCGGGGGUACGAAAAUAACUGCUGAAACGAAGAAUGACAUAAAUCAA